UUCCCAUCGGUUUGGCCUCCAUUUUCACCGAAGAGCGCAGUAUGUCUCACAGAAAAUUCAGUGCGCCCCGUCACGGGUCUAUGGGAUUCUAUCCCAAGAAAAGAUCCCAACGUCAUCGUGGUAAAGUAAAGGCUUUCCCCAAGGAUGACCCCAGCAAACCUGUACAUUUGACCGCGUUUAUUGGUUACAAGGCUGGUAUGACUCACGUUGUUCGUGAAGCUGACCGACCUGGUUCAAAGGUGAACAAGAAGGAAAUCGUUGAAGCUGUAACGAUUUUGGAAACUCCGCCAAUGGUUGUUGUCGGUGUAGUUGGUUACAUUGAAACUCCUCAUGGUCUUCGUGCUCUCACUACUGUUUGGGCCGAGCAUCUGUCCGAGGACUGCCGUCGUCGUUUCUACAAGAACUGGUUCAAGAGUAAGAAGAAGGCUUUCACCAAGGCCUCUAAGAAAUGGCAAGACGAUCUUGGACGCAAAUCCAUUGAGAAGGAUCUUAAGAAAAUCGUCAAGUACUGCAAAGUCGUUCGCAUCAUUGCUCACACUCAGAUGAAGCUCUUGAGACAACGCCAAAAGAAGGCCAAUAUCAUGGAAAUCCAACUCAACGGUGGAACCAUAGAACAGAAAGUCCAAUGGGCUAGAGAACAUCUUGAAAAACCUGUACCCGUUACAAAUGUAUUUGGUCCUGAUGAGAUGAUCGAUGUGAUCGGUGUCACCAAAGGAAAGGGAUACAAAGGUGUAACAUCGCGUUGGCACACAAAGAAACUUCCUCGCAAGACGCACAAGGGUCUGAGGAAAGUCGCGUGUAUCGGAGCAUGGCAUCCAAGUCGAGUUUCCUUCACGGUCGCGCGUGCCGGUCAGAAGGGUUACCAUCACAGAACCGAGAUGAACAAGAAGAUCUACAGAAUUGGACAGGGAAUUCAUACCAAGGAUGGAAAGGUCGUUAAAAAUAACGCUUCCACGGAGUACGAUCUUACCGAAAAGACCAUCACACCCAUGGGAGGUUUCCCCCAUUACGGUGAAGUUAACAACGACUACGUCAUGCUCAAGGGAUGUUGCAUGGGACCCAAGAAACGUGUCAUUACCCUUCGUAAGUCGCUGUUGGUGCACACGAAACGUGCUGCUCUCGAGAAGAUCAACUUGAAGUUCAUCGACACGAGCUCCAAGUUUGGUCAUGGUCGUUUCCAAACCGCCGCAGACAAGGCUUCCUUCAUGGGACAACUCAAGAAGGACCGAAUUCGCGAGGAACAGGCACAGACCGCUGCAGCAUCAGCUGCACCUACGACCGCAGCUCCUUCGGCAACUACUGCUGCUGCUGCUCAGUAAACAUUUUUUUACUGUGUAUGAUCAAAACAAAAAUAAAGAAAAACUAAAAGAAUUAA